UCCUCGAGUCUCAUCUAACGCGACCCCUCCGUGUCUUCCCUUUUCUUCCAUCUUUGAACCCAUACCCUUACCACGAACUCUUCUAGACCCGUCACCUAAUAACAUAAGAUGUGAUCGUGGAGUACUGUAACUCGCUUUUCCUUGUUUUAGGUCCACAAUUCCGCGAGAGAAAGCAUCGCUUCAGCGCGCCCAAAGGUUGCAUGUGCAACUGUAUGUCAACAUGUUUAAAGUUAAGAAAUGCACUGAUAGCACCUCUACUGGAUAUGCAGCCACAAAAGUGCAUGUGAAGUUUUGUGUCACCACAUAAUCAGUAUAAUCACAUAUUGAGACUGCAAGUUCAGUAACACCAUAUUUAAGUCCAUGGAGGCGUUACUCGAGGUGGUCAGAUAACAACACCCACAGGCACAGCUUCAUAUGCUUUGAAAUAGUACUUUCUUGGAGAUACAAAACAGCUACAACUUCAAUAUUAAGAUGUGGCAUAGAUGAAGCAUAGUUGUAUAUGCACAUUCUUCGAAAUUCUUUUACUGCCCACAACGAGUAGUGAAACUUACUGAUGUUAGAACCUAGAGGUUCUCACCGACCGACAAUCAUUUAUAGACCGAUACAACCUUCAGAUCUUGAAGUUCUUGAGCAGAUUCAUCUUGCUUUAUUUCCUAUAAGGUAUGAAAGAGAUUUCUUCCUCAAUGUUGUGCAUGGCCAUGGAAUAGUAUCGUGGGCUGCUGUCGAUGGACAAAAUGAUGAACUUGUUGGAUUUAUCACUACACGUCUUAUCUCAGCGAGAGAAAGCGAGAUUGCAGAUUUGCUUAGGCAUAGAUCUUCAAGGAAAGAACUAAUGCUAGUCUAUAUCUUGACGCUAGGUGUUGUAGAGCAUUAUAGAAACUAUGGGAUAGCUACUUCACUUGUUCGUGAGGUAAUCAAAUAUGCUUCAAGCAUCACAAACUGUAGAGCAGUGUAUUUGCAUGUCAUUUCUUACAACCUGCCAGCCAUAAAGUUCUACAGGAAGAUGUUAUUUAAGUUUAUAAGACGGUUGCAAAACUUCUACUACAUCAACAGCCAGCAUUAUGAUUCAUAUUUGUUUGUUUGCUUUGUGAAUGGCAGCCAUUCUCCCUGCUCCCCAUUGAACAUUGUUGCAGCAGUGGCAAAUUACCUUAGGGGCCUUCUCAAAAUGCUGGCUUCCAAGCUAUGGAGGAACGAGGAAACACAUAUUCCUGUAUGGUCCAAAUGUAGCGAAACAAAGACCCUUUUAGUGACUCCAAACAAGAGGUUCCUUGGUGCAGAGAAUUCUGCAUGUCGAGUCUGUACUUCACAACUUACGUAACUGCACAUCUGAGUAACAUUCAUGUUUCAUAGUCAUUCACACCGUUGUAAUAUCUUUUCUUUAAAAAUUUCAGUAAACUAUAUUAAUUUUUUUGUCACCAAAUUUCAUUGUUUACAUUUAAGAAUAGCCUUCCUCAUUGAAGCUUUCCUAGUGGAUUAGAUGUGA